AUUGACAAUUAUCAUUUCCAACAUGAAGUGCCUUAUCCUCGUAGCAGCUCUCGUAGCCCUUUCUUACGCUAAACCAGCAGCCAGAAUUGUUGGUGGAGUCGAUGUUAGCCCACCAGGCAAAUACCCAUGGCAAGGAUCUAUGCAAAGUUUCUCCGACUUUCACUCUUGCGGAGCCGUCGUCGUCUCCAACAAAUAUGUUUUGACCGCUGCCCAUUGCGUUAUUAGCCAAACCCCAGCUACCAGAAAGGUUGUUUUGGGAAUGCACGAUAAGGACACUCGUCAACAAGGACAACCCACCGAUUACAGUCUCGAAAAGAUCGUUACUCACCCAACCUAUGCUGCUGGACCAAGCGGAGGUUAUUGGAGAAAUGAUGUUGCCGUCUUGACUGUCGUUGGAACCAUCACCUUCAACAACUUUGUCCAAGCUAUUGGUAUGGCUGAUGAAAACUCUCCAGACUUUGCCGACAAUGAAGAUUGCAUCAUCUCUGGAUGGGGUCGUCUCUACGGUUUGGGACCAUCUCCCAACAUACUUCAAGAAGCCAACAUUGACGUUCUUUCCUUCGCCGAAUGUCAAGCCAACAGACCAGGACAAAUCCACGAUUAUCACAUUUGCGUCGGAAAGAGAGCAACCGCUGACCAAGGAGCCUGUCAAGGAGAUUCCGGUGGCCCAUUGGCUUGCCCACACAACGGAAACUGGGUUGUUGCCGGUCUUACUUCAUGGGGAAAUGGUUUCUGCGCCACCACCCAAGCUUCCGUCUACGCUAGAGUUGGAAACGCCGGAAUCAGACAAUUCAUCAGAACCGAAACUGGAAUGUAAUUUCUUAAAUAAAAGAUAUUAUCUUAAAAUUUAACAACAAAA